GAUUCGGAAAGUGUUCAAUUUCGGAGUUGUUGCGGUGUUUUCAUUGACGCUCUUGUUUUUCCUCAAUUUCCCAAGAAAACAAAGUUCAUCUUCCUGUAAUUUUUGCUCUAGAACACACAAUGGCUCACCCUUCCGUUGAUCUUGUUGAAGAAGACGCUGCGGAUCUACAAUUUCCCAAAGGUAAUUUUUCAUCAAAAUCCACCCUAUUGAGCUGUGAUUUUCCCCCAGAAGCUUUAAAUUUUACUAAAAAACGCAUUUGGCUGUGCAAUUUCUGCUCACAAGACCUCUGUGAGCCUUUUAUUGAAUGUGUUGAGUGCCGGGAGGUGUUUUGUCCACCUUGUUUUGCUUCCGGAAGAGAAACAAUCAGGCAUAGAAAUUUCCACCAAUAUUCGGUGCGUCAGGAUGAUUUUCCCAUCUUCCGGGGAUCAUCCUGGACGGGGAGGGAAGAGAAAGUCCUGCUGGAUUUAAUUGCAAAGUAUGGGCUUGGGAAUUGGAGUGAUGUGGCGAAGGGAAUGAGAAAUCGGUCGAGUAGUGAAUGUCAGAGGCACUACUUUCAAUUCUACACCAAUGGACUCGUGGGCAGGAUGUGUGGCCUCCAAGAGGAGCCCUAUGUAAGGGAAUUGCGUGAGCAUUGGGGGAAAAGUGAGUGUGCUCGGCUCAGUAGAUUCCCUCCGGAAACACUGGAAGCAAAAGCUCUUGCGGGAUAUCGUGCAGCACGGGGAGAAUUUGAUAUUCCCUACGAUCAGACGGCAGAGUCCAUCCUUAGUCACAUUGACGUGGACCCGUGGCCAAGUGAGGAGGACACAGAAGCCUCCAAAGAGCUCAAUUGUGCCGUCUUCCGGGCCUUCAAUCAUCGCCUGAGGGAAAGGAAACGGAGGUACAAUGUAAUUCGAGAGCACGGACUCUUGGAUCAUCAAUCCACAGCAAUACGACUGCAGAGUAUUGAGGAAAUUUUGUCAGUUGGAGAGAAAUCUUUCGAGAAGGCGUCCAAUGCCACGAGAUUCUCAGCAUUUGUCCAACUUCUCUCAGCUGAAUCAUUAAAUCUUCUUGUGGCACGUCUUAAGCAUGCCCAGGAACUUCGGAAUUACCUACAGAGACUCAUGGAAAUGCGUCGUUUGGGUGUAACCUCCCUCUAUGGCGGGAAGCUCUACUAUCGUCUCACCGAGAUGCGAAAGCGCCUGCUUAAGAGUCAGAAGAAUCAGAAAGAAGCGCUUGAUGGGGAGCUAAAUGUACCCGUUCAGGGGAAAAAGAUGAAUCCCAUUGACAUAGUUGGAUUGCCCGGCUAUGAGAGACUCUCCGAGGAGGAGAAGCAUCUCUGCAGUACACUGAGACUCGAACCAAAUGCCUUUUUCACCCACAGAGAUACCCUCCUUGACACACACGCAAAACAAGGGCAUUUAGCACUCGCAGAAGCGAGAAAACUCCUCAAAAUUGACGUUAACAAAACAAGGAAGCUCUAUGAUUUUCUCUCCGUGCGCGGCCUCAUCUCCAAGCCAAAUUGUAGAGAUUUAAGAGAAAAAAAUUAGAAUUUUCCGUUGUUUUAAUAAAUCCUUCUUUAUUUUGUCUUCUCUUGCAGAAUUUGAGAAUGCCGAGACUCUCUUAAUCAGUGAAGUUCACAUGCUGUUGGAUCACAGAAAGAAGUUGAAUGAAUCAGCGGACGAGGAGCAGGAAUUCUCAGAAGUUUUCCUCAAAACCUACAGCUACACAGACAUAUUCCGGAAGUUUAAGAACAAAGAAACAAUUGCAGCUGUCCGGAGUUUGCUAAUGCAGAAGAAACUCCACAAAUUCGAACUGGCAGCCCUGGGAAAUCUCUGUCCGGAAGCCCCCGAAGAGGCAAAGGCGCUCAUUCCAUCGCUCGAAGGGCGCUUCGAGGAUGAAGAACUGCGACAGAUUCUCGAUGAUAUUGGGACAAAGAGGAGUUUGCAGUAUUAAGUGUUUCUAAGCCGUAUCUCAAAGUGUGACAAAAUACAUUCAUAAAUUGAAAUGGAUUUAUAAUAAACAUUAAAGUUUUCUUGUA